GUGGAGCCUCUCAAUAGUUCCCGGAAGUAUCAGCAAACACAUGCCGCGCCGUAGAGAUGCAGCAGAACAAACCGUUUGCGACGCACUUUUAAAAGAUUCACAUAUCACUCAUCAAAGGCUGUGAUCUGAGAAACCACACAGGAAUACAGAAUGCCUGUUGACGUGGAGAAGAUUAUUCAAUAUAUCAAGCAUGGGGAUCAGGACAAUGUUCAAAUAUAUCUGGAUGAUUACAACACUGAGAACUCACAAAGUUUCUUUUUUGAUGUGGAAGAAAGAGAGAGAAGAAAGCAACAAGAGCUGGAAGAGUUCCGCAGGAAUAAAGUGAGAGAGUAUAUUCCAGACUCUGACUCAGAUUUUGACUCUGAUAAUAAUGAGGAUUCAGACCUCGUCCUGCGAAGGAGGCUUGCUGCAGCUCUGAUCUGGUUUAUUCGUAUGCGCCUGCAGCCAGGUGUUCUGAGGGUGUGUCUGCGAACGCUGCGAAUUAUUUCACGUGAUCGAAAGGCCUUGGCACCCUUAAUCACAGACUCUGCCAUUCUAACUCUUGCUCGACUUGGGGGUAUCUCUGCCCUGCCUGCCUGUUAUGAGGAAGAUGAGAUGGAUGCUCAGUGGAGCUCCUCCCACAGUGAGAUUGGUCCUGAGGAACAAACACGGAAUGAAACCGAGACAGGACCAGAUACUAAUGGCAGCCAUCCCCAAUACUCAACAGAUACACAGGCUGAUUCAGCCCAUGAUUUUGCAGCCUGUGUUGACUCUUUGGUCAGUGAUGGAGGAUUGCAAUUCUCAAGGCUUCCCAUAGGCCCUGUGAAAACCACACUUAACUAUAAUACUGUGAGGGAAGAUGCAACUAAAGCACAGUCUGAGCACCAUGAAGAAAACGCAAGGAGGGAUGGGGUCUAUGGAUUGUUGACAAGAGGAAAGAGGGAUUCCAGAGAAGAGAAGUAUGAAGAGGGGGAGGAAGGGCAGGAUGAUGGGGAUGUGUGGAGAAAAGAGGCUUUGAAGGCCUUGUGCAAUGCCAUCUACAACAGCCCUAGAGCACAAGAGAGAGCCAGCACCCUGAGGUUGCUCCGAGGUCUGUCAGAGAGACUUAAGGAGGGUAUUAGUUCCACAUCCCCUCCAAGUGAUCAGUUUUAUGAACUGCGGCUUCUCUUUCUGUUAACUGCUCUAAGGCCUGAGCUUAGGGUACAGCUCCAGCAGGAGCGUGGUGUGUCAAUGUUGACUGCAGCUCUGGAACAGUGUUUAAAGGUGCGCUGGGGAGAAGCAAAUGAGGUAUUGACUGACCUGACAGCACCGCCUGUGUGUAAGGAGGUAUCUCGGCAGGCCCUUGAGAUUUUGAAGACCCUUUUCAACAUUACCUAUACAGUCCACAGACAGGAAGUAGACGAGGAGGCUGCAGCUUUGUAUCGUCACCUAGCUGCAGUCUUGCGUCACUGCCUACUAGUGCCCUGUGAGGGAGAGGACAGAAAAGAGGAGCUGCAAGGACACACCGUGAAUGUACUCUCAGCUCUCCCUCUGCAAUGUCUGGAUGUUCUGCUUGCUGUUCGGCUGUCUGAGGGUUCAAAGGAGUCAGAGGGAGUCAAUAUGGAUUGUGUCCAUAAUUUGCUGCUCUUCAUGGAGAAGAGACUGGACAGAGAGCAUAAGCUGAAGGAAAAGUUGACUCCAGUUUUGAACUUGUUGACCGAAAGCUGUAGGGCACACAGGGAAACAAGGCACUAUCUCAGACAGCAGAUUCUUCCUCCACUGCGGGAUGUUGAACUGAGGCCUGAACAGGGGAACACAUUGAGGAGCAGACUAGUCCGACUCAUGACCCACGUUGACACUGAUAUUAAACAAUGUGCGGCUGAGCUUCUCUUUGUCCUCUGCAAAGAAAAUGUGAGCAGGUUUGUGAAGUACACUGGUUAUGGUAAUGCAGCAGGGCUGCUGGCUGCACGGGGUCUACUGAAUGGCCGUGGACCUUCUCCUCAGCCGCAGUACUCCAGUGAUUCUGACUCAGACACAGAAGAGUACAGACAGGCCAAGGACAGGAUUAACCCUGUGACGGGACGAGUGGAGGAGGAACAGCCUGAUCCCAUGGAAGGGAUGACUGAGGAAGAGAAAGAGGCAGAGGCACUCAGUCUCAUAAAUAUGUUCAACAAGCUGUCACGGUCCAAGAUCAUUCAGCCAGUGGGAGUGACCACAGAUGGCAAACUGGCGCCGCUUUGUGGCCAGAUGAGGCCCAGCGCUGUUGAGGAGGAAGAAGAGGAGGGAGAUGACAGUGAGACAGAGCAGUAAUGAAGGCCGCAGGAGGAACUGAUGUUGAGUUGAUUAAUGAGAGAGAGGUGGAAAGUCAUGAGAAUUUACACUAAUGUCUGAUAUAGCAGAAAACGAUUCAUUAUUAAUAAUAUAAUAAUAGUGUACGAAUAAUAUACUGUAUACUGUAUAUAUUUAAUAAAUUAGAAUAAGUGCACAAGCUAUUUAUUUCAGUAAAUGAGUUGUUGAAAACAUGGGUUAACAAAUAAAACAAAAGAGAAACAAAAAAAAACAUCAUCAUAAAACAUGCAGAAAGGGGCUAUGAAGCCUGAAAAAAAGCGAGAAAGGGGGAAAGUAACAUUUUUAUUUAUAAUGUGCACAAAAUAUAGCUGAGAAUGCAAUUCCUUCCAAAUCAAGUUUGUGAAUGACAUUGAAUAUCACAUAUGAGUUAGAAGCAGUCAAAUAGGAAGAUACUAAAGAAAAAGAGACAAAGAGAGACAGUCAUCACACCAAAGACAGACAGAUUCUCCUGGAAUAUGCUGCUGGUGUUGCCAUGGUUAUGUUACCAUGGUAACAACAGGAAACGCAGUUCUACAGAUUUUUUUUUUCUCUAGCAGGAGUGGAAUGUUUACUUUGAAGAGAACUGCUGAGGCUGGAAUCUAAUGCUGUAUAUAUGCUGACAUUCUGCAAUGAGAAUGCUAAAUAAAAAUAAUGUCAUUCUUCAAAUCCUCAGAGAGAUGUUUUCACUUCCACAAUGCUUAUUCAGCAUGUAUGUGACUAAUUACAAUAGUUAGAGGUAGCAGG